GCUCCAGGAAAAUCGAUUCAAUGACGGUUGAAGAAGCGAACUGAUAGAAGAAAAACAGCUUACACAAAAAUGAUUACACAAAAAUUAUUUUUCAAUUAACGGAUAUGAGUUCAUAUUUACAUAUUAUGGAUAUUGUUUUAACUAAUUCUGCAGAAAUGCUAUUAAGGAAUAUUUUUAUGACGGGCAGAUGAACCAAGAUGGGAAAACGGAAAAAGUGAUUUUUAAUAAUAUUUCUCCGACCUUUGAAACCUUUUUUUACUACUAGGAUAUAUUUUUUCUGUGAUUAUUGUUUACAAUCAUAACCAGAAAAAUGACUAUGAAUACUAUGGACGCUGACAACAGGGUCAUAAUAAACGUAGGUGGUAUACGUCACGAAACCUACAAAGCAACGUUAAAGAAAAUUCCCGCAACUCGGUUAUCUAGAUUAACCGAGGCGUUGGCGAAUUAUGAUCCAGUGUUAAACGAAUAUUUCUUUGAUCGGCAUCCAGGCGUGUUUGCUCAAAUAUUGAAUUAUUACCGAUCAGGAAAACUUCAUUACCCAACGGAUGUAUGUGGGCCUCUUUUUGAGGAGGAAUUAGAAUUCUGGGGCCUAGAUUCCAAUCAGGUAGAACCAUGCUGUUGGAUGACGUACACUACACAUCGAGACACGGCGGAAGUUUUAGCGACAUUAGAUCGGCUAGAUCUAGAUACCGACAAACCAACAGAAGACGAUAUUAUGAAAAAAUUCGGCUGGGGAGAUGAAUACCAAUCCGGAGAUUUAAACUGCUGGCAAAGAAUACAACCGAAAAUUUGGGCGCUGUUUGACGAACCUUAUUCCUCUACACCUGCAAAGGAAAAUAUCACAUCUAGAUAUGAUCUUCAGCGGCUUAGGGAAGUGAUAGCAGUCGUUUCCGUCUUCUUUAUAGUAACAUCUAUAUUAUCGUUUUGUCUAAAGACACAUCCGGAAAUGCGAGUACCUAUUUUGAAAAAUGCUACAGUGAACAUUUCCAAUACAACAAUAUGGCGGAUCGAGAAACUGAAAACAGAGCCUCAUGAAGCUUUCUUUUAUAUAGAAUGUGCAAGUAACGCAUGGUUUACAUUUGAAAUAAUAAUACGACUUAUAGUCGCUCCGUAUAAAUUAGAAUUUUUGCGAGCUCCUGUGAAUAUAAUUGAUAUUGUGGCUACGUUAUCUUUUUAUCUCGACUUCCUUUUAACAAAAUUGAAACAGGAGAGUGACAUUUUGGAGUUUUUCAGCAUCAUUCGUAUCAUGCGUUUAUGUAAGCUCACUCGGCACUCCUCUGGACUUAAAAUUCUUAUUCAUACAUUCAAAGCUAGCGCUAGAGAAUUAUUGCUGCUAGUUUUUUUCCUAGUUCUUGGAAUAGUUGUGUUCGCAGCACUUAUAUACUAUGCGGAACGAAUUCAAUACAAUCCAGAUAACGAUUUCACAAGUAUUCCAAUUGGAUUGUGGUGGGCCAUUGUGACAAUGACAACUGUUGGGUACGGAGAUAUGGUUCCUAAAACGUAUGUCGGUAUGUUUGUUGGCGCCCUCUGUGCAUUACUCGGCGUACUUACUAUAGCUUUACCCGUACCCGUUAUUGUCAGCAACUUUGCUUUGUUUUAUUCACACACACAAGCCCGGUCCAAAUUGCCGAAAAAACGAAGACGUGUUUUACCAGUUGAACAACCACGACCGAAAGGACCCAAGGCACCUGGGGUGCCAGGUGGAGGUGGACCUCAAGCUAGGAGGGUAAAUGCUAUAAAACACAACCAUCCUGGCGCUUUAGAUGUAAAAAUUAACAGAAUAGCACAAGGUGGUGCAAUACAGGAAAUGUUCCCAUUCCGUAGCCGGAAUGGAGAAGAGAGUAUUCCGAUGUUGAUGCUAAAUCAUACUGAUAAAGAGGAUUCUCUGCCCCGAUCCCGACCACAAUCCAAUCUUGAAAAGUCUCCACCACGACUUGUGGAAAUAAGUUCCAAUCCCGGUACACCAUUAAAAGUAACUGAAAUUAAGGCAUCCGAUACACAAGGUACAGGGGCUCUUACAAGUUUGAUAAUGGCCCCAAAAGCUGCAGGAUUGGCUCCUAGGUCAACAACCAUACCUUCUGCUACUACACAUCCAAACUCUGUAUCCAGUUCACCACCUAUGCCACGAUCCAGGGAUACAAAACUUAUACCAAACAGUGGCCAUGUCGAGAACGGAAAACCAGAUACUAAGGUCUCGCCAAUCGAUACAAACAAGAACUCUGAACAACGAUCUGCAAACCAUACACCCUCAUCUUCACCUCCAACAUCUAACAAUUUAGUAGCUGUAAAUACGUAACGAACACUUCAUGGCUCUGUAUAGAAAAGUCACGUGACUAGAAAGUGAUCCAUAUCACAGUUGGGACGUAUGUGUUAGUUUCGGAUAUAGUUUAAAGUACAGACAGGAUGGAAGUCGCUUCAAGAAUCCAGAAAGAAAGCUUCGAAAGAAUAAACCAUUUAUAUUAAGCUGACAUAUGGAAAUGUUGUUUUGCACCGGCAUUUUUUAUUUAAUCGAUUAAACGAUAGAUGUAUUAAAUGGGCAUUUUAGGAGAUCUGAAUAUUUAAACAUUAAUGUAUAUAAAUUACCAAAUCACGGAAAAAGACUAAGUUAGUGUUUAAAAGUUGUUUAAUGAUAACGUUCUAACCAUAGUUAUGAUUGAAUUUUAAUUUAAUUGACCUUGCCAUUUUUUCAUGGAUAAUUGACCUUUUUAAGAAGGAUUCUACAGUUUCACGCAUGUAUUGGCAAAUAAUACAAAAUGUGUAAUGUACAAUGUAGAGUUGCACUGAAUCAUUAUUUGUGAAUUUUGUAUGUAGUUAUGAUCCUUUUGUUACUUAAAUCAUAUCAUCAGGGCUCAAUUCUUAAUUAGGGACUAAAGCAAUCAAUUUCAACUUUUUCCAGAUGUACAACUACUUGUAUUUUCCCCCUGGUAAUUUUUAGAUCCAAAAUUUGAUCAAAAUAAAAAUAAGAGGGUAGAACACAUACUAUUGAAGGUUUACUAUAACAAUAGAAUAAAAAAAAAUAAAAAAUAUAAUACUAUAGUUUUCACUUUAGUA